UCCUCAUCCGUAGAGGAGGGAGGAAGGAGGAGGAGAAGAAGAGGGGGUACUGUUAUCAUCCGUCAGGGCAGUGUGUCGAGCUUUUGUCCAGGAGAAAUGGCCGGGAUCAAAGCUCUCAUCAGCCUCUCCUUCGGAGGGGCCAUCGGCCUCAUGUUCCUCAUGCUUGGCUGUGCCCUACCAGUAUAUGACAAAUACUGGCCUUUGUUCCUCCUCUUCUUCUACAUCCUCUCGCCCAUCCCUUACUGCAUCUCGCGGCGGGUGGUUGAUGACACAGACUCCGCUAGCAACGCCUGCAAAGAGCUGGCCAUCUUCCUCACAACGGGCAUCGUCAUCUCAGCCUUUGGCCUGCCCAUCGUCUUUGCUAGAGCUGAACUGAUCGCCUGGGGGGCGUGCGCGCUCGUGUUAACAGGUAAUGUAGUCAUCUUCGGGACCAUCCUGGGCUUCUUCCUGGUCUUCGGCUCCAACGACGACUUCAGUUGGCAGCAGUGGUAAAACGGCCAAAUGAAGGAGAGCGGCAGGGGAAGGGGGGACCUUAGUCUGAACUGUUUUUAUUAGCAUUACAAUUAUUAUUAUAGUAUUACUGUUUGGUUGUUGUUGUUAUUCAUAUGAUGACCACCCAUCCAUAGACUUACACCAGACCAGUGCAAUAUUUUGUUUUAUUUUUAAAUCGCCUGCUUUAUGUUGAACUGACAAGAAAGAUGGAAAAUGCUGACUUGUACUAUGAUUUUAUUUUUUAAAUUUUGUUUUAGGUUUUGUUCUCAAAUAACGACAAGAUUUCUUGUCGUUAUUUGACCUACUGCUUAAGUCAUAAAGAACAACAUGGCAAGUUGCCGUUGGUAUUAAAGGGUGACAUUUUGCUAAAAUAGCGCAGAUUUUGACAUCUUCUGUAAAUGUAAAGUGACCUACAUUACUCUUCGACACUUGGUGAGAACCUGACUGCUAGGGCAGGAAUCAAUAAUGAGCGUCUUUUGAAGAAGUCAUAUGUGGCUUUUCCUUUUCACUUGGGUUCAGGCUUGUAUCUCUGCAAACAGAUGUUCUCUCCUUCAUUUGGCUCAGACACCAAGGAAAAAAACAAUACUCUUUUAUCUAAUUGUCAUGGAAAAACAUUUCAGAGGAUUGUUUUAAUGCAAUAUGCAGGCAUCAGCAGAUAUUCAGUACUGGCAUUAAAAGAUAAAAUAACUACUAACAAUGCAUUUUCCCUCAUGAUAAACGUUAUGCUCGCAAACACACUCAUUACUUUUAAAAUUUGCUUUGAAAGUCAACAGAAACUUAACGUUUCAUACUGCCUGUAAAAUAUGAUUACAUAUGACAUUUAAACCUUUUUUUGAUUAGCAAAUAACACCAGGAGAAAGAACAGCAGGCUGGCACGCACCCAGACAUCAGAUUUUAUUACCAUCUUACUUAGCAUCCAUUUGCUCUGAUUGUACCCUGUGUGAGACAUCUACACUGUAACGCCCAGAAAGCAAGAAAAACCUUGCUUUUUUCAGCAACUAGCUUAGCUUCAGGACAGCAGCGCUGUUAGAAAAACCACAUAAAGGCGCCUAAUUAUCAUUAACAACCUUUAAACGUUGCAAUUUGACUCCUUGAUCGUAUCAAUGAACCUGCAUAAGUGUUAAUUAAGCACAUUUGCUCCGUUUCCAGGGUAAAAACUCCAGCGCAUUCACUGCUUUAACUCUGGAGGUUGUCUCUGAGGUCUACGACAUUUUGCUCUAGCAUGCAGCUUGAGGCCGUUAAACUGCUUUAGGAUCUAAACGUGGAGUUAAGCUGCAGCCUGAAUGCAGCUCUUCUCUGAGGGGAAGGUUUAGAUCUUCAGGUUGCAUCGUUUAUUUACGUUUUCUCCAUUAUGUGUCGAGCCCUGAUGGUGCCUCUUCCUCUGGCAGAUUCCCAGACAUAUUAUCUCACAAUCACAGUUUGUUCUUCAGACUUAAUGCUGUUGUAUUAUUUAUUGUAAUGUCCUUCGUAGCAACUCAAAAUCACCAAAUUACCACAAAAGACAGACAAUGUAUGGAGGAGUUUCUGUUAAAUAAUAACAUUUUUAAUUCCUCUGACCCCAACUUGACACUUCAUAUAGUGAAGAUUAAACAAGCUAUAAAAAUGGCUGAAUGAUUUUAAUGGUUACCAACAUAAUAGAUCUGUCAGCGGAUUUUAAUUAUUCUUUCUAAAAAUUCUAAACUGAUCAGAAAUUCUGGAUUAGUUAUCAGACUCAGAGAUUUAUAUAGAACUAGUUAAAACAGCACAAAAUCUAAAAACUGUAAAGAUAAAUAUCAGUGUUCAUCCUGAGGGAAUAAAAUUAUAGCUUUUGUUUCUUAUUCUGGGCAGAAUGCUUUUUAUGCAUGCUGUCUGAAAAAUAUGAGAUGGAUGUGCUGCAGAAGUAUAAAAUACCUUUAUUCCUGUUCUUUCAGCCUCCAGUAUAAUAACUAAUUCCUCUGUUCUUGCAGAGAAUGUAUUGGUUUUUAGAUCACCUCAUUUUGUCAGUAGAUAUAAAAACUGUAGCUGCAUCUUUCCACUGUCUCUCUCUUCAGGGCUUUAUUUGCUUUCUUAAAAGACAGGGUUACAUAUUUUCUUGAGGUUAAAUCCUUAAUCAUUCAGUUAAAAGUAAAUUUUAGCAACCAAUCCACUUUGCUCAGAUCAAAUUAAGAACAUGAGUUUGUUUUACGUCGUUUUUUUUUUUUUACUAGAGAUGCAUUGAUCCGGAUUUUAUUGACUGAUACCAGUUUUUUGUUUUCUUUUGUUCCGAACUGCCAAUUCAGAUUUUUGUUGUAAGGACUGUAAAAACUUAAAUGUGUAAAUUUGAAUUUAAUAAUGAAAAAGUUUCAUUGAUAAACUUUUUACUAAAUUAAAAACGAAGCGCAUCAACAACCCAGAUGUUCACUGAUGCAUUUACAGAGCCGUAAAAUUGGGAUUUUUGAUUCAUUCAGUGAAGGCCAGGACUAAUCAACCAGUUUCAAUCAAAACUAGAUGCCACAUGGUAUUUAGCUUUUACAGAAAUCAAAAUAUGAUUGACCAAAAACAUUUAGCCUCCAUUUUCAGAACUGCUAAUUAAAAUGUAUUGCUUUUUUCUCUGUUUUUUUACACGACCCGAUCAAAGGCAUUGAUCAUAUUAAAAGCUUAACUUCACACAAUCUUAAUAGUUUCUGUUAAAAACAUUGAAUAAAAAAAGCUGCUACUGACUUUUAUGUGACUAUAACAAUGUUUGGUUGUAUGCAAGUCCAUCUGCAGGAUGACCUCCAGAGGUGUGAACAUCUGUAUGUUUCCAGUUUUAAGCUCAAUAAGUUAAAUGUUCUCAAGUUUAUUUUGUUUCAUAGUCUGCUGUGAAAGCCCUUUGAUGUGACAGAGGCUGGUGUGAAGCUCUGGGAUGGGUUUCUGUGUUUUUCUGUUUGUUUCUGUUGCUCAUGAUGAUGAGAGGAUAUUGUAUUUAUUUAUUUUGUCGAAUGAACGCUCAGUUCCUUUUUUUUUUUAUCUACAACACUUGUGUUGAAAGAACGACGGUCUGCAUGGUGAUUUCCUUUUUUUUUUCUCCUUUUUUUAUUUUUAAUAAAUGCCAUUUUUGAACAUCC